AUGGAUAAAUUCCUCAUGAGUUCACCGUCACUGCGACAUGAUUACGACCACGAGAGUAUGUUGGAACUCGCUCCCGCUCAAGCAUUGUUUCCCGAUAAUGACGACGAAGUGAUUCCUGCUUCAGAUAACUCGAUGCUGAAUAUAGUCAACGUCAACUUCCCCAACUUUCGACCUCAUUCUCGAACCAUAUCUCUCGACGAUCAUAUCAACCAACGGUAUCUGCACCAGCAUUCCACCUCAAUGGCUUCUCUCAACCAGGAUCCUCCGUUCGCAGGUGCUCAUACCCAGGUGCCUCAGCCUAUACCUACACAGCCACCGCAGCUGCGAGGGCUUCAUUACGUACCGCAGCUGCUUCUCCCACAGUCUCAUUCACAAAAUACCUUGGCUAGCAGUGACUCGGUACCACAACUAUCCAACUCCCUAUCCAACCAUUCGCUUCUGGAUUCGCCGUCUUCUGGCGUGAAAAAUACCCCCAGCCGUCACAAAUCAUUGUCAGUAUCUGCUGGUUCUGCCUCUGCCAUAUACCAAACACCGCUUCGAGGACAGGGUGGUUCCAGUCUAUCUCCCGCCAAUCUCACGGCAGCUGCCAACUCCAAAAUCAAGAAAAAGGGCCAUUCAAGGUCCCGUUCUCGUCUCUCGUUUGAUGCCAAUAAUCCUCAUGGCAUUAAUUUGUUAAAACAACCACUGAAUCCCUUUGUUGCUCCAAAUAGCCAAGAGGAACUUGAUACCCCAUUAACGACACCGCAACAAAUGCCACCCGGUUCAGAACGACAGUUCUUGAGUCCCGGAUUGAACAUGAAAUCCGCUGGCAGCAGUGUACGUACAAACGUAUUUUCUACGCCUUUCCCGUUGCAUAGAAAUGACACCCUAGAGUCGAUCAAGAUAGAUGAACAGGAUGAUGAUGCCUUCAAACAGGUCCAGAAGGCUAGAUCAUAUGUGAAUCUUGCAUCUAUCGGAAAACCUGAUUUGUCACUUCUGCUCCAAGAUUCUGGCUCCAGACUGAACUUUGAAAGCGAGGGAAUUGCCUCGUCAAACUCGACUCCUGGAGGAUUAUAUUCUCACUACUCUCCAAGUGGAAUACCUUCCGCGGCGGGACCUUCAUCUUACUCGGUUCCUGCAACUGCUGGUGCCUCAGUUAUGGACUUUUCUGCACAAUUUAACCAAGACUUACUGUCGGAAAUGUUAUACCCACCAGAUAUGAACGAACAGCACCAGAUGGAGAAUCUUGAUUACGAUCUACUUCAACACCAGUUUGUGCCCAAGACAGACUCUUUUAUGCGUUCAUUUCCAGCCUCCAAUGAUUUGGCAGGUAUCUUUGGUGGACACCAUGGUGGACAAACAAUCAGCCAAACAACCCAUGGUAGCCAGCAACUACAACAUACUGAUCAUGGAUACCCUAUGGACCACUCAAUGGAGAAAAAUCUUGCGUUAAAUCUGCUGGUGCCCAUGCCACAAUCACAACAACAGUCUCCUCUGUACCACGAUCAUCGAGGCAACUCGCUUCUACCACCUAUGGCUACGUUCACAAAAGAUGAAAAGCCAGCAUCUUCACCGGGAGAGAAGAAAAACAGUAAUGACAAGAAGAACAAUAAUGAUAAAAAGAAGCGCGAGAAAACACAUGAAUGCCAUUUAUGCCACCUGAAGUUUCAUCGGCCAGAACAUGUGAAGCGUCAUUUGAAGAGCCAUUCCUCGGAGAAACCGUUCCAAUGUGACGAAGUGAAUUGUGGAAAACGAUUCAAUCGUAAGGAUAAUCUUCGAGCUCACUUGAAGAAGGUUCAUCAUAUUUUUGAAUUUAAAUCACAUCAAUAA